CACAGAUGAAAAUACAACAGCAGGUAUCAGGAGGACACUCCCGUUAGAUAACAGCAUUUAUUCUCUCCUCGGGACCAAUGGAAACGGAGCGCCGAGCUGAGGACGGAGAAAACACGGGCUACUAAUUUAAUUCCCUCCAACUGAACACAGCUGCCUGAGAGGCGACGUCUGCUGCAGACCAGUGAUAGUGAACAGACACACAGCGACCCUGCAAACUUCAGAGUGGAUCUAUGAACUGUAUUAAUACCCCGACUGCUGCUGUUCAUCGGGCUGAUCUCUGAGCGUCUGUCUCUGGCGCUACCAGUCGAUGCUCAGAUUAAUAAUAAGAGCAAUUAUGCAGACGGAGAUUGGCUUGAGUCUUAAUUAGUGAGAAGCAUCUUCAAUAUAGCACCUACUGAGAAAAUGCACAGGACAAAUAACAGAGACAUUUAAGAGCUGAAGCAGCCCACCUGCGCCUCUUAAGAGCUGAUGAGAUUUGCUGAGGUCACGCAGCAGUUGAGCAUCAUCAGAGUCACAUGAAUCAAGGCAUGAACUGGUGUGAAGAGGCAGAGAAAUGCCAGGUUUAGAAGUGGAGUGGAAAGGUAGUUUUUCUCUGUGACUUUUCUUUUUUAUUGAACAAUUUCAAGAGCACAUGUUACAAAACAGCAUGUACACAUAAGAAAGCUGGCAGUCAAAUCCAGUACGAGAGUGGAUGUGGUCUGAUUGUAUUGUAUGUAUGAGUCAUUCAAUUAAAAAAAAAACUGCAGGUGUAUUGUUAGUAAAAAUAAAUAAAUAAUUAAGACAGCUGAAUACUUCAUGGCUCAGUUUUAGGUUUCAGUUGCUUGUUGUUGACUUUUGUUAAGGCCUUUGAAGGGUUUGGACAGUUUUCAAUUUGCCAAAAUGUAACAUGUACAGACUGUACAGCAGUGGACCCAGGACAGAGCCUUGUGGUGCUCCAUAUGAAAUGUUGGUUCUUGUUGAGAAUCUUUGAACUGCUUUUACAGAACAAUACAUUUUCAUAAGGACUUGAUGUUAAUUAUUUGUUUUGUUUUGUGAUCAUAGUUUAUUGGCUUCUCUGUGGACACCCCCGCAUAGCUUCCUGUCAGCUGGACAUACAAAUACCGAUUUCAUCCAGUCAAACAUCUUUCAGCCAGCAUGCCCAUCAUCAGCAAUGCCAACCAUGACUUCAGCACCUACUCCAUCAGCAGUGACGACAGCAGCCUCGACCGCUUCUUUACUGAGAUCCCAGAGACUGAGACCAUCAAGGGUGUGUACUUCCAGCGUGCCCAGCUGCUUCAUGACCCUAAGACCUCGUAUGUAGUCGACCACACCCUGCAGGUUCUCAUUAAUGUUGGGGGCAACCGCUAUACCUUCCCUUGGAGCACCCUGGAGCAAUUUCCCCAAAGUCGACUGGGACGCCUUCGUUUCUGCACCACCCCUGAAGAGAUCGCCCGACUCUGUGAUGACUACGAUGAGACAUGCCAGGAGUACUUCUUUGACCGAAACCCAACAGCCUUUCGAGUCAUCCUCAAUUUCCUGGCUGCAGGAAAACUACGUCUGCUUCGGGAACUGUGUGCUGUGUCACUCUAUGAUGAGCUCGACUACUGGGGUGUGGACCCAGGUCACAUGGAACGUUGUUGCCGUCGGCGCAUGAUCACUCGUGUGGAAGAAGUGGCCGAGCGAGAGCGUAAGGAAGAGGAGUGGCGGCAGAAGAGGAUGAUGCUGAAGAAAAGUUCCACAGAGGCUGAAAAAGGCUAUCGCAGACUGAUCUGGCUGCUGCGGGAAGUGGUAGAGAAUCCUCACUCAGGGUUGGCUGGGAAGAUGUUCGCUUUUCUCUCUGUCAUCAUGGUACUGGUCACCGUCAUCAGUCUGUGCAUCAGUACCAUGCCAGAACUCAGAAGUGAAGAGACCAAGGGCGAGUGCUCCCAGAGGUGUCACAACAUGUUUGUGGUGGAGUCCAUCUGUGUGGCCUGGUUCACCUUGGAGUUUGCACUGCGAUUUUUCAAUGCUCAGAGCAAACUAGCCUUUGCUCGUGGCCCCCUCAACAUCAUCGAUGCCAUCGCCAUCCUGCCAUACUACGUGUCCCUGGUAGUCAACGUCAGAGAUGAGACACAGGAAGAAGUCAUCAUGGGUGCUGGAAGAGGCUAUCUGGACAAACUGAGUCUGAUCCUGCGCCUGCUGCGGGCCCUGCGGAUCUUGUAUGUCAUGCGGCUGGCUCGCCACUCUCUGGGCCUGCAGACGUUAGGACUGACCAUGCAGCGCAGCAUCAGGGAGUUUGGCUUGCUGUUGUUGUUUGUCUGUGUGGCUGUGACCCUCUUCUCACCUCUGGUCCAUCUAGCGGAGAGCGAACUCGCGCCAUUUGCUGCCACACACCCGCACCACAGCUUCAGCAGCAUUCCAGCAUCUUAUUGGUGGGCCAUCAUCUCUAUGACCACAGUGGGCUACGGCGACAUGGUGCCGCGCAGCAUUCCUGGACAGGUAGUGGCACUGACCAGCAUCCUGAGCGGUAUCCUCAUCAUGGCGUUCCCUGCCACCUCCAUCUUUCACACCUUCUCCCGCUCCUAUCAGGAGCUUAAACAGGAGUAUGAACAGCUGUGGAAGGAGGAGAGAGGUGAGGAAAUAGCUGCUGAGUCAGAAGAGAGUUGGUCCAAGGUUGAUUUGUCACCAGAUGAGUUGAUGCCUGCCGCCAAGCAAGAGGAUGACAGAUUGAUGUCAAGCAAGAGUCAUCAAUCCACACUUCCAUCUACUGCUUUCUAAUGGACCCCAGCAGUCAGACACAUUUACUCAGUAACUGUUAAACAUGGUGGCCCAUUACUGCAUACUCCUAUAUACUGUUCAGACUCCAAAGGACUGUUACUGUAUAAAGCAGACACUAUACUAGACUUCGCAUUUCUAUUAAUUCUGUGUUAUCAGCUCCAACAUCAAUACAUAAAGCUUUCAGCACACUCUAGUACUCAACGGGGUAGAUAAGUACAAAAACGUUGGCAAGAGUACAGUAAAAUAUCAGCAGUGAAAGACAGCAACUACAAGCUCAGAGCAAAAGUCAAACCACAAACAUCUCCUGAAUGUGGUUGUUUCAUGUCACAGAUUGUUGAAUUUUGGAUGUUGGGUGGUCCUUAAAUGCACCAACAAGGAGAGUGGAGAAAACCAAGGGGCAAUAACUUCAACACACACACGUAAGAGAAAUGAUGAUGAAACCUUCACUGUGAUAGAUUAAACAGCACAAGCACAUUUCAUGUCUCUGAAAAAUUGAUUUUACAGUCAUUUUCCAGUAAUCCAAGGCCACUUGGAAAGUAAGAGAGUGAAACAUAUAGUAUGCUGUGAAAAUUCACCAGUAGUGGUGCCUAAGAUGUGUAUUUAAUGGGCUAAAAUGCAAUGCAACCACUUUGGUCUUUUUACGUGCAGACUGAUCUCUUUGUACUUUCAUAUGUCUGUAGCUUCUUAAGUCUCUGUUUGUCAAACAUCCAGGCAUUUUAAAAACUUUUAACCAUAUUUGCUUUGAGUAAGUGAGAUGCUGAGAUAAUGCUGCUUUAUUGUCUGAUUGGUUUCUUCAUUCAAAAUACACAUUAUGCACAUUGUGCUCUACCCAGAGGUUGUAUUACUGUGGCUCCCUACUGCAGCAGCACUACAAAGAAAGAUUGAUUCCAACCUCUAAGAUUUCUGGAUGACACUGCAUGACUGAAAAAGGUUUAUUAAGACUAAUAAAGUGCCAAUUGUCAAAGACAAAUGGGCCAUUAGACGUCACUUCACUGUGUUUCUAAGUGAAAGUUCAUAUGUAAAGCUUGAUUUAUGGUUGUGCGUUGAAUCUACAUAGAGCCUGUGCUGUAGGCUACAGAAGUGGUCUACAGCGGUGGGAGCAUUUAUACUUGUGUGCUGGUAUGUCUGUGUCGCCCUGCGAUUACACUGCCAGAACGUUAGCUGGCAGUGGUGUUUCUGUGCCACUGUGUUGCAUUUCUUCAGCACUUACUAACAGUGACAACUGAAACUGAACGGGUCAUGUUGAACAGUGGUUACUUUUACUGAAAUUGCUGCAGCACAGAUAAUUACAUUUCUGCAGAGGUGCAUGUCAGGCUACGUCGUAGGGUAUGAGGUUAUACAUUACCCACAUUGUACCUACAGCAUAGAUUCAACACAGAACCAUAAAUCAAGCUUCAGCAGUCUGAGCCAGACUAAUCAGUCUUCCAGUGAUACAGUCAUGUAAAAUUCCCUUUUUGUUAGUCUAUUCACUGCAGCUCAGCACAGAAACACUGCCUGGUGAACACAAAGAGGGAAUUCAGUGCUAAAUAUGAACUUCUGAUUAACUUCCUAAUGCACUAAACUGGAAGUGAAAUAAUGGCCAAUAUGAACGGGGGAAUGAUAACGGCAAGCAAACACCGUGUCAGUGUUCAUAUGGACACCUGACUAUUGUUACAGAGACAUGAAAAAAUGUGAAGCUAUCUUUACAUGACGGUAAAAACUUCCCCCAUGGACCUUCAGAAUAAAACAGGAGGCAGGACAGAUAGUGUAAAGGAAGCACAAUUUAUUGGUUUUACCUAGUAA